CCUGACAGUAGAAGGUUCGGGAGUGUAAACACGGAACCAUCCGGUCCAGAACGGAAAUAAAUCCCUAAAUGAUUGGAUAUCUGAGUGUGUGAGUAGAGACGGAGUGAUGCUGACAGUACUGAGUUAAUAAUAAUAAUAGUUAUAAUAAUAAUAAUAGUCGGGAUUAGUGUUGCUGUGUGAUGGUGCCUGUGGGAGAGAAACCGAACCUGGUUCCGGGCAGGAUCCGCUUCCUGUUCCGCUGUGUUCAGAACUUCCGGAGGAAGCAGCCGCUCCCGGAGUCUCUCUGCUAUGUUCCUAAAGAGGUGUGUUAUAAAGUCUGUAAGGACUCCGGUUCCGGUUCUGGUUCCAGCUCCACGGCUCCGGGUUCGUGUCCCCCGGGGGGAGUGACCCUGAUCCCGGUGUGGGAGAGUCCGCACUCCCCCCCCAACAGAAAAACAGCCAAGUUCAACAUCGAGACCCGCAAAGGAACCUGCAUCCGAACCUCAGGAGAAGAGUACUACAACACCCACGGGCUCUGGCUCAAGAUCACCAAGGAGCAGUUGGAGCAGUACCGCACUAAUGUAGAUGUGGAGGAGGGCUGGAUCUUGGCGUGUAAACACACUGAUGGAGGAACCAGGCUGGUUCAUGUGGAACAUCCGGACUCAGUGAGCCGCCAGCAGCAGCUGUUUGGAUUCGACCACAAACCCUGUAACAGGUGGGAGCAGGUCGUGGAUGCUGAGUGUUGUCUCCACCUGGGAGCGCGUCUGACGGUGGCUGAACGGGAUGAAGCUGCAGUACAGAAGCUCAGGUUUGUUCCUCCCACCUGGACGUUCGAGUGUGAUGAGGACCUGGUUCAUUACUUUUAUGAUCAUGUCGGUAAGGAGGACGAGAACCUGGGCAGCGUGAAGCAGUGCGUCAACAGCAUCGACGUUUCCUCCUGCUCGGACCCCAGUGGUGGUGCAGCAUGUCUGACUGAUGGAGAUAUUGAUACGUUUUGGGAGAGCGACGGCCUGCAGGGGCAGCACUGGAUCCGCCUCCACAUGAAGAGAGGAACUAUAGUCAAUAAGCUGAUAAUGAUGAUGGACUCCAGUGACGACACGUACCUGCCCAAACGAGUGUGUGUGUACGGGGGAGAGGGAGAACACCUGAAGAAAUACAGCGACGUCACCAUCGACGAGAAUCUGAUUGGUGAGGUGUGUGUGCUGGAGGACAUGACGGUGCAUCUUCCCGUCAUUGAGAUCCGGAUUGAGGAGUGUAGAGACAGCGGGAUCGAUGUGAGGAUCAGAGGGUUAAAGAUCAAAUCCUCGUGUGAGAGGGAGCUCGGCCUGAACGCCGACAUCUUCAAAUCCCCAAACCUGGUGCGCUACCCCCGACUGGAGGGCACCACGCCCGACGUCCUGUACCGCCGCAUGCUCGUCAUUCUCAGGUUUAUUUCUCUGCUGGAUGGUUUGUUACCGUAUCUGGUACCUGCUUGGGAUUACAGCCUGGGUACCUUCAACCAGAUUAAAAGUAUAAAGCAGUUCCUGUUGUUAUCGAAGCGCAGAUCCGCUCUCAUCAUUCAGUGUCUGAAGGACUCCGAGUCCAGUAAACCCAGCUUCAUGCCCCGACUCUACAUCAACCGCCGUCUCGCCAUGGAGCACCGCGACAACCCCACCCUCGACCCCGGCUGUAAAAACGCUGUGUUUACUCAGGUGUACGAGGGUUUAAAGCUUUCAGAUAAAUAUGAGAAAACUCUGGAUUACAGGUGGCCCGCACGUCAUGAUCAGUGGUGGGAGUGUAAAUUCAUCGCUGAGGGAAUCAUCGAUCAAGGUGGUGGAUUUCGGGAUAGUUUAGCUGACAUGUCGGAGGAGCUCUGUCCCAGUUCAUCUGAUUGUUCAAUCCCAUUACCGUUCUUCACCAGAACCUCCAACCAGGGUGCAGGGGAGGCGAGAGAUUUUUAUGUACCGAACCCGUCGUGUCAAGAUUUUCAGAAGUUGGAGUGGAUCGGUCAGCUGAUGGGCGCGGCUCUGCGGGGGAAAGACUUCCUGGUCCUGGCGCUGCCCGGUUUGGUGUGGAAGCAGCUGAUUGGUGAGAGCGUGAGCUGGACUGAAGAUUUUCCUGCCGUGGAUUCAGUUCUGGUGAAGCUGUUAGAUGCCAUGGAGCACAUGGAUAAAGCCACGUUUGAGUUUAAGUUUGGACAGGAGCUGGUGUACAGCACCCCGCUGAGCGACGGCCGGCCGCUGGAACUCAUCCCCGCCGGCAGCUCGGUGGUGGUUAAAUACGAGGAGCGACUGGAGUUCAUUCACCUGGUCAAGAAGGUCCGACUAGAGGAGAGUCGCCAACAGAUAGCAGCGAUCCAGGCGGGGCUGAUGAAGGUGGUUCCUCAGGCUGUGCUGGAUCUGCUGACGUGGCAGGAGGUGGAGAAGAAAGUGUGUGGAGAUCCAGAGAUCAGCGUGGAGGCUCUCAAACGCCUCACUCGUUAUGAGGAUCUGGACGUGAACGAUGCCAGAGUGCAGCAUUUCUGGGAGGCUCUGAGCAACUUCACCAACGAGGAUCGCAGCAGGUUUCUGAGGUUUGUGACGGGUCGGAGUCGUCUUCCUGCUCCCAUCUUCAUCUUCCCUGAUAAACAAGGAUCUGAAUCCACUGAUGCUCUUCCACAAUCCUCCACCUGCUCCAGCACGCUGUACCUCCCCAAAUAUCCCAGUGCUAAGGUGUGUGAGGAGAAACUGCGCUAUGCUGCAUAUAACUGUGUGGCCAUCGAUACAGACAUGAGUCCAUGGGAGGAGUAACGAGGACGUCUGAACCUAAAACUGUACCAACGUACUACAAUCAGCUCCAGAUUAACUACAAUCAUAAUUAUUAACGUGUUACAGCUAAACAGCAUCAAUAAAUCUCUUCUGAUCGA